GGAUGGGGGCGGAGUCCAGGGCAGGGGGGCCGGUUUGUUGUGGUCGCCAUUUUGCUGGUUGCAUUACUGGGUAAUCGGGGCCCUGGCUCGCCGUGUCCAUCGGAUACCUUCAGCCAGUGGGCAGGUCUGAGCUCGGGCCUCCCGAGCAACUUGAAAUCCCCUCACCUGCGCCCACAGGUCUCAGCGGCGGUGGCAGCCGAGGUGCAGGAUGCGAGAAGGCGCCCCCCGGCCGGGCUCCCGCUCCAGGCCUCGCUCCCCUGCGGCCCUCUGAGCCCACCAUGGCCGUCCCACCAGGCCAUGGUCCCUUCUCUGGCUUCCCGGGGCCUCAGGAGCAUUCACAGGUAUUGCCUGAUGUGCGGCUUCUGCCUCGGAGGUUGCCCCUGGCCUUCCGGGACGCAACCUCAGCCCCUCUUCGCAAACUCUCUGUGGACCUCAUCAAGACCUACAAGCACAUCAACGAGGUAUACUAUGCGAAGAAGAAGCGACGAGCCCAACAGGCACCACCCCAGGACUCGAGCACCAAGAAGGAGAAGAAGGUCCUGAACCAUGGUUACGAUGAUGACAACCAUGACUACAUCGUGCGUAGUGGCGAGCGGUGGCUGGAGCGCUAUGAGAUUGACUCGCUAAUUGGCAAGGGCUCAUUUGGUCAGGUAGUGAAAGCCUAUGACCAUCAGACCCAGGAGCUGGUGGCCAUCAAGAUCAUCAAGAACAAGAAGGCCUUCCUGAACCAGGCCCAAAUUGAGUUACGGCUGCUGGAACUGAUGAAUCAGCAUGACACAGAGAUGAAGUACUACAUAGUGCACCUGAAGCGGCAUUUCAUGUUCCGGAACCACCUGUGCCUGGUGUUCGAGCUGCUCUCCUACAACCUGUAUGACCUCUUGCGCAACACGCACUUCCGAGGAGUCUCCCUAAACCUGACCCGGAAGCUGGCACAGCAGCUCUGCACAGCACUGCUCUUUUUGGCCACGCCAGAGCUCAGCAUCAUUCACUGCGACCUCAAGCCCGAGAACAUCCUGCUGUGCAACCCCAAGCGCAGUGCCAUUAAGAUCGUGGACUUCGGCAGCUCCUGCCAGCUCGGCCAGCGGAUCUACCAGUACAUCCAGAGCCGUUUCUACCGCUCACCUGAGGUGCUCCUUGGCACCCCUUAUGACCUGGCAAUCGAUAUGUGGUCCUUGGGCUGUAUCCUUGUGGAGAUGCACACUGGGGAGCCCCUUUUUAGUGGCUCCAAUGAGGUGGACCAGAUGAACCGCAUUGUGGAGGUGUUAGGCAUCCCACCAGCCCCCAUGUUGGACCAGGCACCCAAGGCUCGAAAGUACUUUGAGCGACUGCCUGGGGGUGGUUGGACCCUACGAAGGACAAAGGAACUCAGGAAGGAUUACCAGGGCCCUGGGACACGGCGGCUGCAGGAGGUGCUGGGCGUGCAGACGGGCGGGCCCGGGGGCCGGCGGGCGGGGGAGCCGGGCCACAGCCCCGCCGACUACCUCCGCUUCCAGGACCUGGUGCUGCGCAUGCUGGAAUAUGAGCCGGCCGCCCGCAUCAGUCCACUGGGGGCCCUGCAGCACGGCUUCUUCCGCCGAACGGCCGACGAGGCCACCAACACGGGCCCGGCAGGCAGCAGUGCCUCCACCUCGCCUGCGCCCCUCGACACCUGCCCCUCCUCCAGCACCGCCAGCUCCAUCUCCAGCUCUGGAGGGUCCAGUGGCUCUUCGAAUGACAACCGGGCCUACCGCUACAGCAAUCGAUACUGUGUGGGUGCUGGGCCCCCAAUCACCGACUGUGAGAUGAACAGCCCCCAGGUCCCACCCUCCCAGCCACUGCGUCCCUGGGCCGGGGGUGAUGUGCCCCACAAGUCACACCAAGCCCCUGCCUCCACCUCGUCGCUGCUGGGAACCGGGGCCCAGCUACCCCCUCAACCUCGAUGCCUUCCCCGCCCCCUGUCACCAACCUCGCCACCACCCCCAGAGUUGAUGGACGUGAGCCUGGUCAGUGGCCCUCCGGACUGCUCCCCGCCUCACCCAGCACCUGCCCCCCAGCACCCAGCUGCCUCAGCCCUCCGGACUCGGAUGACAGGAGGUCGUCCACCCCUUCCACCACCUGAUGACCCUGCUGCUCUGGGGCCUCGUCUAGGCCUCCGUGGUGUUCCCCAGAGCACGGCAGCCAGCUCAUGACCCUGCCCCCUCCCUGGGGCCCCCCUGAAGCCAUACCCUUCCCCCAUCUGGGGGCCCUAGGCUCCCGUCCUCAUCUCUCCCCUCGACUGGAAUUGCUGCUACCCAGCUGGGGUGGGUGAGGCCUGCACUGAUUGGGGCCUGGGGCAAGGGGGUCGAGGAGAGGGGUUUGGCAGAACCCUCCCCACUAAGGACUGGACCCUUGGCCCCUUCCCCCCUUGUUUUCUAUUUAUUGUACCAAAGACAGUGGUGGUCUGUGGGGAUGAGGGGAGAUGCUCCUCACCCAGGACCCUAGGAGGGGUGGGGGCCGGUAGGGGGAGAUGGCCUUGCUCCUCCUUGCUGUACCCCCAGUAAAGAGCUUUCUCACA